ACAAUCAUCGGGAGGUGUUUUAAUCCACGGAUAUAGGAGAUGAAGUCUUUGCUACACAUGAUGCCACGUAUCUGGGGAUUGGAAGGGAAAGUUGCUGGUGCAGAUUUAGGUUUGGGGAAGUUUCAGUUUGAUUUCGAUGAAGAGGAGGACAUUGCUGCGGUGCUUAAGAUGGAACCAUUCCAUUUUGAUAAUUGGAUGGUUGCGAUGUUUUGGGCUGAACCUAUUUUCAGAUAUAUUGGUAAGGGGCUGGGACACGUGGAUGAUAAAGAGGAAGCUGUGGAUCUGCAGAAAGGAAGAGUGCAGGUUACGAUUAAUGGUUUAAAACCUCUGUGUUUUGAAACCGAGAUUGAGUUCUCGAAUGGUGAAGCGACUUUGGUUAAGCUACGGUAUGAGCAGUUACAUGGCUAUUGUGAGUUGUGCUUCAUUUUGUGCCACGAGUCAUCUUAUUGUAUGCAGUCUAGGGAAAAGACUCAGCCAAGGUACAAGGAACCGCUAGGGGAGAAGGAAGAGGACAAAAAAUCACUCAGUUACCGUGGUGCGGUCAUUUCAGACCAUAAGAAAGGGUCUGGUCAUGAAGGAAAACUCAAAGGAAUCUUCCAAGAGAAUUCUCAAGGAGAGAAGAGAUACAAGGAGGACCAGAGGUUCAACAAUGGUUAUCAACAUGGUGGAAAGAAGCCUAGAGCUGAUGGCUAUUACGGAGAAGGGUCUUCUCGGUAUGGGAGAAAUCAGAGCCAUGUUCAAUAUAAUGAUAACCGAGAAAGAAAGGUGUAUGCAAGGGUUGAGAAGAGACAGCCUGGGAUACAAAAUGAGGUCGUUGGGAGUGUAGAAGCUCAAGUUAACUUACCUCCUACACAGGUUCGUAAGUCUCUGUUUCAAGGUAGCGGUGAGGAGGGUAGAGAGGGUAAGGCAGCAGUAAAUACCGCUGACCCGGGAAAGGUGACUAGAAACGGCUUAAAUGCUGCAGAGAACCCAGCAGUGGGGCUGGAAGAGAAAUCCACACAUGAGGUGGUCAUAGCUGAAGAUCAGGCUAUAUCACAAAAGCCAAAUGUUGAAAAUGCUAUAGCUAUGUCUACGGAAACUCAGGUAAGUGGCCCAAAUGCUUUGGUAAAUUCUGGGCAGAUUGGUGAGGAUGUGUUGAUGGCAGAUAAAGCGUUAGAGGAAGAUGAUUUAUUGGAGGAUCGUUCGGACUCGUCAGAACAGGCGGAUGAGGGGUUAGUAGAGGCCGGUGAGGAUCAAAUGGUUGAUGGUGAGGAAGGCAAGGAUCCGAUUGGGUUAGCUGAAUCUUCAGAGGUGUCGCUAGCUCAUAAGGGUGUGAUGGAUACGGGAAAAAGUAAGAACAUGUGGGGUACUAAAAGGCGUCAGUUCUAUGAAACUAUGUGGGGUACUAAAAGGCGUCAGUUCUAUGGCGACAAUUGCGGAUAACGUACCUCGAGGGAAGAAAAAUUUCCGUUUUGA